AUGGCACCGGUACAGCUGUCACAUUCUGUGUCACCAGUAAAGUCCGAGGUGGACCUACACGAGCUUUCUGAAGUGGCUACAAAACCACACUCGUUCAAGAAUAAUCCAAUGAGAAAAGCACCACCACGUCGUUAUAAACCGUGCAGACAAAUCAUAGGGGACGAAGUGAAAUACUUGCAAACCAAGCCUAAUAUCAAAGUUGACACCCCAACAUACACAUCUAUAAGUGCACCACCUAGUUUGAAGCCCCAAAAACAUUACUGUGAUAUAACGGGCUUAUCAGGCAAAUAUAAAAGUCCUGCCAACAGUUUACGAUUCUAUGAUGUGGAAAUAUACCAGGAAGUUAUUAGAAACAUGCCCCCCGGCGUGGAUCAAGAAUAUUUAGAGUUGAGAGGAGCGAAUGUGAUCUUAAAAUGA